UUCUGUUUUAGCACUGACACACUGAUCCUUCAUACAUGAAACCCACGCCAUCCGUGCAGGCGUUUUUCACAGGCACUGGAUGACCUGCAAUACUGACUAUGCCCCGUGGUGCCCGGCAUGCCAGCACAUACAAGCAGACUGGGAGGCAUUAGCCAAAGAGAGUGAGAACCUCGGGAUUUCAGUUGGAAAGGUUGAUGUUACACAACAGCCAGGCCUGAGUGGGCGUUUUCUGGUUACCACACUACCAACUAUUUUUCAUGCUAAAGAUGGAAGUUUCCGAAGAUACAUGUCAUCACGGACCAUUGAGGAUAUCCAAGCAUACGUUGUUCAAAAGAAGUGGGAAGCCGUGGAGCCUCUGCCAGGAUGGAAGUCGCCUUCAUCUAUUCUAAUGUCGGGAAUGGCUGGUCUCUUCCGGCUCUCUGUGUGGAUUAGGCAAAUCCACACGUACCUCACUGACACUCUUGGCAUUCCCUCGUGGGGCUCUUACGUAAUCUUUGCCAUCAUCACUCUGUUCAUGGGACUAGUCCUCGGUCUGAUGUUGGUGUUGAUUGCUGACUGUAUUUGUCCAUCUAGGCCAAAGCGAAAUGAGGAUAAACCUGUUUUGUACACAAAAGACGAAGGCUCAGAGGAUGAGGUGGACGACACUGUUACAGAGGAGAAGCGCAUGUCUGACCAGGACAAUGAGAGUGAACGAGUGUCUGGUGAAGAGUCCACUGAAGAGGAAGGAGGCGCGGUCACAGAGGUUGCAACUGGCAGCACUGAGCAGCCUCAGACAGAGGGGGCAGCAGAGGGAUCAGUGAGGAAGAGGAAACCUCAGGGGCCUAACAGUCCAGAGGGCACAUAACGUCUCAACACACACUACAAAUCUGAAAUAUAGUGUAAACCAAAAUAGGGAACUCCUGCAUCUACAGGGCAGUGCUGAAUGCCAUGCUGUAAGUGCAUAAUGCUCAUUUUCUCUUCUGUGCAGUUUCUUUAGCUGAUCUACGGUAUUGCUUACUUUUUCUCCAGCCCGUCCUGAUCUCUCUCUACAAGCUCCGCUUAUGGAAAAACAGUAUUGCUUGUGUGUCUUAGGAAAAACCUUGAAAGUAAUUAUAUUUACAUACAAAAUUGUUUGCCAAGGAUUUAUCACCAAACAGGUGACUUAUAUGACUUAUGAAGUCAAUAUUGUUUGGAAUAAGCAAAAAGUUGGAUAAACGUUGUAUGUUUUAGGUGUCCAUGUCCAGUAAUACUAAGUGGAAUAUCUUUGUUUACGCUGUUGUUCAUUACAAUAAUGCCUCCAAUUAUUAUUAUUAUUAUUAUUAUUAUUAUUAUUUUUAUUUUUUUUUUUUUAUAUAACUCUAACGACUGCUUUUCUGUAAGUGCAUGUUUAAUCACAUUCCAGUGGCAGGGCCACAACAUCACAUAGCCACAAUGGAACUGUUUUAGUAACAGUCGUUUCAGAGACAGCACACACCAGCACAGCUCUGAUGUGACUGACUGAGAGUAUCUAAUGUACAUGGUGGUGAGUGCACUCCUAAUGUGAGGACAAUCAUCAUAAUACAGGUGUUGUCAGAGCAGUUUAACAUGAAGGUCUCAGGAUAUGAAUUUUCACUCUCUGGAUUGUUCUUUAUCUGCAAAAGAAGAAUAAAUAAACAAAAAUAAAAAAAUAUAUAGAGAUCUGUUUAUAGAAGCUUAAAGGAAUUCUCCAUUGUUUUUUAACUGUAAUUUCCUUGUAUUUCCCUGAACUUUCCCUAUAAUGGAAGCUGAAGCACCUGUCCACUGACUUCUAUAAUAAGCGUGUUUGGAGUUUACAGUUCUUUAAUUAAGUGUCAAAACUGUGUAGUAAUCGACCUUAUCAACCAGCAGAUAGAGAUUAGGUUGGGAAAUAAUGGAGAAUUCCUUUAAGGCCAGGGCACACUGAUUCAACAUUACCCAACAAACACCAACAUUCUGGUGCUGGCAAUUGCCCUUAUACUGAACCGGAAACCGGAAAGCCAAAUGAGGGAUGAGAAUUCUAAACCUGUGUGAAUGGGGGGUGAGUGCUCUAGUAGUGGGGGACGCCAUUCUAGAACUGAGUGAAUGAAGGGAGAACCUUCUAGAGCAGUGAAAAAGGGGGGAAACAUUCCAGAACUGACUGAAUGAAAGGAGAACCUUCUAGAUCAGUGAAAGUGGAGGAGAGCGUGCUAGAACUGUAUGAAUGGGGGAUAGCAUUCUAGAGCAGUGUAAAUAGCAGGGAGCAUUCUAGGAGAGUGUGAAUAAAAGGAGAACAUUCUAGAGCAGUGUACAUCCUUAAUAUUUGGUUUUCUUGGCCUCUGCAGUCAAAAGGUUUGGACACCCCUGUUCUAGAGGCUUCCAACAGUCACACAGGUGUGGCACGCCAACCCAACAUUUGUGUUUGUUGUUUUUUUGGAGAUUGUUGAAUCUGUGUGCUUUGGGCUUCAGUGUCUUAAUCUCUGCUGAUUGCAUUCUGUUGAUGAAUUUGCACUUUGAGACCAUGUAGUAUACAGUGUGCUACACUGUACCUUGCAGAAGUAUUGGGACAGUGAUGUUAUGUUGCUGUAUAUGUAGGCUGAUAUUAUCCAAGAUGAAUAUGAAGCAGUGAUACAGAGUGCCAUCUCUUUUUUGUUUUUCUGCAUCUGUGGUUUAUUAUUUUGGCAUGGUAGCUUUUUUUAUGCUUGCUCUCCCUUGCGUCCCCAUUUUAGAGGUAUGUCCAUAUUAGGACUAAUUCAUUUUAAUUAAGUCACAAAACAUGAAUAUAAGUUAGUACUAGGUAUCAUAUUCCUCAUCCACAGUUUUCAUCCAAUCCCCAGGAUUUUUAGAAGCCCAUAGUUUUUAUUGAAAUUGUGUAUGGAAUAUAGGGUGAAUAUAUGACUAUCAUGAUUAUAUGUUUUACAAUGUUGACAGACUGUUGAAAUUUGGAAUAUGUACCUUGUCAAGUAUGUUUGCCAUGUUUUUGUGUGUCUUUUUUCACAUACAUUUAUACACUAUACCAAAAUUGUAUUGACAUCAUUGUAUUGUUUAAUUGUCUAUGAAUUAAAUUAUGGUCAAUACAAUAUUUUGCAGGCUAAACGA